AUGGCUGUGGAGGAUCUCCGGGCUUCCAGCACCCCUUUCUCUCUCUCCUUUUCGGGCAGUGGCUUCCUGGCCCUGUACCAGGUUGGGGUGGUGCAGUCCCUGCUGGAGUUGGCUCCUGAGCUCCUCAAGUCUGCCUGCAAGGUCUACGGCUCCUCGGCCGGGUCGAUCAUCGCUGCUGCCGUCGUGUGCGGCGUUGGCCUCGAUGACAUCAAGGAGUUUUUCUUUGCACUGGCAACAGAAGUCAGGAAAACCAUCCUGGGCCCCCUCUCUCCCAAGUGCAGCUUGCUGGCCAAUCUCAAGACUGUCCUGCAGCGGAUGCUGCCGGAGGAUUCCUACCUGCUGGCCUCGGGGAGGCUGCACAUCUCACUGACACGGGUGGUGGACGGCCAGAACGUCAUGGCCUCGGAGUUCAGCUCCAAGGAGGAGCUCAUUCAGGCUCUCCUCUGCAGCUGCUUUCUUCCAAUUUACUGUGGAUUCAUCCCUCCAUCCUACCGAGGAGUGCGCUACGUGGACGGAGGCUUCACGGGCCUGCAGCCCGUGUCCAGCCUGGAGGAGCCCGUGAUCACCGUGUCCCCGUUCACCGGCGAGCUGGACAUCUGCCCCCGCGACUGCCCCGCCAUCUUCUUCUGCUUCCAGAUCUUCAACGGCAGCAUCCAGAUCUCCAUAGAGAACCUGUGCAGGAUCAGCUAUGCUCUCUUUCCGCCCAGCACCAUGGUCUUGAAUGACAUUUUCUCCCAGGGGUACCAGGACACGGCCCUUUUCCUGUACAGGAACAAUGCCUUUGGCUUUAACUACUUCGAUGGCAAUUUCCGCUUCGGCAGCACCUGUGGGAAGAAUGACUCUGGCAAAUCCAAUGGGACACACCCCGGCCUGUACAAAAGGGUCCCUCAGUGCCUGACCCCUUACUUCCUGCCAGGCUUGUGGAAGAAGGAGCAGGUGAAUGGACUGCAGGACCCACUGGCGAGGGUCCUGCUGCAGCCAUACAGGCUCCCAGCCUUGUUCAGGAAGGGGGUGAAGAAGGUGUGGGGGCUGCUGGAAGGUGUCAGGUCCCUGGUACAACGGCUCCACAAGCUCCUCCAAACCUUGGUGCCUGGUUUGCCUAAGACAGCUGUGGACAGGAGGUGA